AUGACAACUUAUGAAAAGAUUGUAAAAGGAGCUACUAAAAUCAAAGUAGCUGCUCCUAAACCGAAAUAUAUUGAACCUAUAUUAAUGGCAACUUCAACAGAUCACUCAAUUGUUUCAAAAGAUAACUUUCAUACUAUAAUGAGAACUUUACAGCAAAGACUACGUGAUAGUUCUUGGUCAGUUGUUUAUAAAUCAUUAAUUGUAAUUCAUUUAAUGAUUAGAGAAGGUGAUAAAGAUGUUACACUAAAUUAUUUAGCAGAUAAUGGAACUUCAAUGUUAAAUUUAUCACUGAGUAAUUUAGCAGCAAAUAGUGGAAGUUUUAAUCAAGAUGCAAGAUUUAUAAUGAAAUAUUCAAAAUAUUUAAGUACAAGAGUAAAACAAUUUGAUGCAACUGGUAUAGAUUAUGUAAGGGAUGAAAGAUCAAAUAAUAGUACAUCACAACAAGGUGGAAGAUUAAGAUCAUUAACCAUCGAAAAAGGAUUAUUAAGGGAAACAGAAAGUGUUCAAAAACAAAUUGAUUCUUUAUUAAAAAACAAUUUUAUGGAAAAUGAAAUAAAUAAUGAUAUUGUAUUAACAGCAUUUAGAUUAUUAGUAAAUGAUUUAUUAGCAUUAUUUCAAGAAUUAAAUGAAGGAGUAAUUAAUAUAUUGGAACAUUAUUUUGAAAUGUCCAAACCAGAUUCUGAAAGAUCAUUAAAAAUUUAUAAAAAAUUUGUUGAUCAAACAAAAUUUGUUAUUGAUUAUUUAAGAGUUGCAAAACAUCUUGAAUAUGCAACAAAUUUACAUGUCCCAACUAUAAAACAUGCACCAACUGCAUUGACUAGUUCACUUGAAGAAUAUUUAAAUGAUCCAAAUUUUGAAAUUAAUAGAAGACAAUAUUUAGCUGAAAAGGGAAGUAGUAGUAAUGGAACAGAUCAUAAAAAAGUAGCAAAUAAUAAUAUUGAUGAAUCUCAAUCGAAAAGUGCUAAUCAAAAUAAUGUCAAUAAUAUAUCAAAUGAUGGAGUAGAUAGACAUGCAUCAUUAAUUGUUCAACAAACUUAUAAUCCAUGGAAUAAUAUGUUUGUUCCAGGUCAAGCUCAAAGUUAUGUACAAAAUCAAGAUCCAUUUCAAUUGCAACAACAACAACAACAACAACAGCAGCAGCAGCAGCAGCAGCAACAGCAACAACAACAACAAGCGUUUCAAUUACAACAACAACAAGAAGCUCAAAUGCAACAACAAUUACAGGCACAACAUGAAGCCCAGCAACAAGCUCAACUACAAGCCCAACAGCAAGCACAAUUACAAGCUCAACAACAAGCUCAACAGCAACAAGCGCAACAACACAAUCCAUUCCCUAGUUAUCAAUCAUCAGGUAAUUUACAAUCUAUAAUACAAGGUCAACCAUUACAAUCUCAACCAACAUUACAAACUUCAUAUACAGGUAAUGGAUUCGGUGGAUAUGGACCACAACCAUUGCAACAUCAAACUACUAAUCCAUUUUUACAACAACAACAAACUCAACAAUUUCCUCAACAAUUUCCUCAACAACAACAACAACCACAACCACAACAAACUAAUACUCAACCAAUACAACGUCAAAAUACAAAUCCAUUUGCAUUACAAAAUCAACAACCACAACAAGUACAACAACAACUUCAUCAACCAACUCAAAAUUGGCAACAACAUCAACAAACUUCAUCUUGGCAACCAUCAAUAUUUCAACAACAACUGACAUCAAGUAUACAAAGAUCAAAUACAAAUCCAUUUUCAAGAAUGUCAACUGGACAACAACCACAACCUCAACAACAACAACAAUCAUAUCCUGGGGUUAUUCCACAACCAUUAAAACCUCAAUCAACUAAUCCAUUUGCACGAUAA